AGCGCACCUUUGCAGGUCCCCACUCACCCGAAGUCGAACGAACGUCCAGAGGCAUCUCACAAACGAGGACUAGACCCAAUCAGACAAAAUGGUGAAAGUUGGUAUCAAUGGAUUUGGCCGCAUCGGCCGUCUGGUGACCCGUGCCGGAUUCAGCUCCAAGAAGGUUGAGAUUGUGGCCAUCAAUGACCCCUUCAUCGACCUGGAGUACAUGGUCUACAUGUUCAAGUAUGACUCCACUCACGGCCGCUACAAGGGUGAAGUCAAGGCCGACAACGGCAAGCUGGUCAUCGACGGACAUGCCAUCACCGUGUUCCACGAGAGGGACCCUACUGCCAUCAAAUGGGGAGAGGCAGGUGCCGACUACGUGGUCGAGUCCACAGGCGUGUUCACCACCAUCGAGAAGGCUUCUGCCCACUUGAAGGGCGGUGCCAAGAGGGUGAUAAUCUCCGCCCCCAGUGCCGACGCCCCCAUGUUCGUCAUGGGCGUCAACCACGAGAAGUAUGAGAACUCCCUCAAGGUUGUCAGCAAUGCUUCUUGCACAACCAACUGCCUGGCUCCCCUGGCCAAGGUUAUCAACGAUAACUUCCACAUCAUCGAGGGUCUUAUGAGCACUGUACACGCCGUCACUGCCACCCAGAAGACGGUGGACGGUCCUUCUGGUAAGCUGUGGAGGGAUGGCCGUGGAGCCAGCCAGAACAUCAUUCCUGCCUCCACUGGAGCGGCCAAGGCUGUGGGCAAGGUCAUCCCAGAGCUUAACGGCAAGCUGACAGGCAUGGCCUUCCGUGUCCCCACCCCCAACGUGUCAGUGGUCGAUCUGACUGUCCGUCUGGAGAAGCCUGCCUCGUACGACGCCAUCAAGAAGGUGGUGAAGGCUGCCAGUGACGGACCCAUGAAGGGCAUUCUGGGAUACACAGAGCACCAUGUUGUGUCCUCAGACUUCAACGGCGACACCCACUCCUCCAUCUUUGACGCUGGCGCAGGCAUCGCCCUCAAUGAUCACUUUGUCAAGCUGGUGUCAUGGUACGAUAACGAGUUUGCCUACAGCCAGCGUGUCUGCGACCUGAUGGCCCACAUGGCUUCCAAGGAGUAAAGGCAACCAGCCAAUCCAAUGCAACUGGACUGUCACAUGACCCACGUCCCCGUUCCCCCCUGAUUCGAGCACCACCUCCAUUGGCACGGCUGUGGAGAAAACGGCCACCACAGUCAUUAACACAACUUUGAAUUGAUGACCAAUUUAUUUUUGUAUCGUCAAAUCCCUGUUCUGUUCUUUUGUGAAGUAGGAUGGUCGAAGCGAAGGCUGAAGCUCUUUCACUGGCUAUGGCACUGAGGUGCUGCGUUCAGUGGAUGAAUAAAGUCCUCUGUUUGUGAGAAA